ACAUGCUUAUCUUUGUAUCCCUAAGCUGGUUUUGGUGGCUCCUGGACCUAAGAUGUGUGCAAUGCAGGUAAAUGAAUUUGACUCAUCAGAUGAGGAGUCCCUGGAGGAAGAACAGACACCUUUUCAAGUAUCCUGGUUAUCCUUAUCACCAGCUUAUUCUGAAUUCCUAGGAAUCAGCUCACUACCAGGUUGCAGAUUCAAAAAUAUUAGAAGAAACCUUCAGAAAGACAUAGAUGAACUAAAAAGUUACGGGGUGCUGGAUGUAUUUGUACUCUGUACCAAAGGAGAACUCACAAAGUACCGUGUCCCACAUCUCAUGGAGACAUACCAGAAUUAUGGGAUCACUGUGCAUCACCAUCCAAUUCCUGAUGGAGAUAUACCAGAUAUUGCCAGAUGCUGUGUUAUUCUAAAUGAACUGAGGAACUGCCUUGAAUGUAAACGAAAAACCAUAAUACAUUGUUAUGGAGGACUUGGACGAUCCUGUCUCAUAGCGGCUUGCCUUCUGCUCCAGGUAUCUGACACGGUAGCCCCACAACAGGCAAUAGACAGCAUGAGGGAGUUGAGAGGUUCAGGUGCAAUACAAACUCUAAAGCAAUACAACUAUCUUCAUGAUUUUCCGGAGAGCUUGGCUGCCUAUCUGGCAACAGAAAGUGCAGUAGCAAGAUCAGUAUCCCGAUAAAGUAACUUGAGUUUAUUUACCACUUGAAAGUAUAAUUGUUUUUACUUUGUACACAUAGUGGGAAAUAUUUUUAUUAACUGCCUGCCAAUAUCUCCCUGACAAAUGAUAGAUUAAUAACUGCAUAGCACAAUGAGUCUCUAUGAAUAAAGUUCCAUCUGCUGAUUGUAUUUUUAAAACCUCAAGUU